AUGGCAAAAGAUAAUGGGCGCGGCGCUGAAGAUGUCAAUGGCACCAUCGUGCCAGGGCGACAAGGCACCCGCCCUGACUUCUCCGUCCCGCCGCCGCGCAAGCAGCUGCCCAAAGAGCUGCAAGACACGCUCGACAAUGAAGAGAAGCUCUGGGAGGUGCUAUAUGAUGGGACCGGCGAAGACACGACCGAUACCUCGAUUCGAUAUGCCGCCUAUGCAUCGAGAAUCCGCACCAUCAUGCUGUCGGCGCAUCGAUACGUCGCCUAUACAUCGGAUAUCGGAGAGUCGUUUCGUCCGGUUGCACACCCUUACCUAGUCAAGGGCGCAUAUGCUGUCUCGUGGUUGUAUCUGGCAGGCGAUGUAUCACAUGAGGGGUACAAGGCCUACUGUCGCAACCAACGGGUUCUGCACCCGGAAAAGUUCUUGGAAGAGACUGAGGCGACUCCGCAGACCACGGCUACAGGCCGAGACACUGGCCUGCUCGCAAGAGUGCAAGACGCAGCGCAGAACAUGACAAAGACCGAAGGCCUCAAGUAUGGUAGUGCUGGAACUGCACUCACUGGAGGCGAAGUCGUUGCUGGAAGAAUACCUGCCAUCGAAGACUACCGCGCCGUCAUGGCCCAGCGAGCCCUUUUCCAAGCCGUCGCCUCCAUGGGACUUCCCGCGUUUACCAUACACAGCAUCGUUCGUUACUCGGGAAGGGCGUUGAAAGAUGCAAAGAACAAGACUCUUAGGACCUGGGGCCCUAUCGGCCUUGGCUUGGCGGCUGUCCCAUUCCUUCCAUACGUCUUUGACGAGCCUGUCGAGCACGCUACGGAGUGGAUAUUUUACAAUGCUUUCAAGACUUUUGGCGGUGACGCGGCUGUCGAGGGCCGACCGGUAACGGGUGCCAAGGAGUUGAGGAAAGAGGAAAACCUGACGGGCACGGGCAAGGUCAAGGAACUAUAG